GAAGCUCGAGCUGCGUCGGGAUUCUGAGGUUGACGGUUGGCAGAAAACGGGCUCCGUUUCUGCGUGAAAACCGCCGAAACCCCCGCUCGCCCUCCGCUCGUUUCACAGUUUCUCCUCCCGUCAGGUCUUCGUCUGAAAGUAAUGACAAUGCUGGGCAUGUACGUGCCAGACAGAUUCGCUCUGAAGUCUUCCAAAGUUCAAGACGGAGUCGGGCUUUACACUGCGAGGCGAGUGAAGAAGGGAGAGAAGUUUGGUCCGUUUGCUGGGGAGAAGAGAAUGCCCAGUGAUUUGGAUGAGAGCAUGGACCCAAGGCUGAUGUGGGAGGUUCGAGGGAACAGAGGCGACGUGCUGUACAUACUGGACGCCAGCAACCCCCGGCACGCGAACUGGCUCCGCUUCGUGCACCAGGCCCCAUCUCAGGAGCAGAAGAACCUGGCUGCCAUCCAGGAUGGGGAGAACAUCUUUUAUCUGGCUGUGGACGACAUCGAGACAGAUACGGAGCUCCUGAUUGGCUAUCUGGAUAGUGACAUGGAGGAGGAAGAGGAGGAUGAGGAAGAAGAUGAGAUCAUCAAAGAUGAAGACGAGAACAGCAAAGAGGCCAAGCUCCUCAGCACGGAGCCUGAGGCAGUAAUAAAGAAGGAGGAUCACCCGUGCCUGCUGUGUGAGAGCAGUUUCCCCAGUGAGGAAGUUCUGGCUGAGCACCUGCAGAGUCUGCACCAAAGGGGCAGUGCAGAGGAAAAGGAGUUCAAGUGCCGCAACUGUGGCAAAGAGUUCCCCAUCAAACAAGCACUCCAGCGCCACGUUCUCCACUGCACAGAGAGUCCGACUUCGACAGGAGAUGCUUCUAAAGUUCACCAGUGUUCUCUCUGCCACAGCUCAUUCUCCUCUGAGUCUAGCUUUGAGCAGCACAAGGAAGCAUGUAAAGGAGAUGCCAGAUUCAUCUGUAAGGCAGAGAGCUGUGGGAAGAGAUUCAAGAGCAAAGAUGCUCUGAAAAAACACAAAGGCAACGUUCACACAGGUAGUGCUCGCAGGAAGCUCAUAUGCACCAUCUGCAAUAAGAAAUGCUCAUCCUCAGUCAACCUGCAGGAGCAUCGCAAGGUCCAUGAGAUAUUUGACUGUCCUGCCUGUGACAAGAAAUUCAUCUCAACCAAUCAGCUGAAACGGCAUAUGAUCACACAUUCAGAGAAACGUCCCUACACUUGUGAGAUCUGCAAUCGCAGCUUUAAGCGCUUGGACCAGGUUACAGCUCACAAGAUCAUUCACAGUGAAGACAAACCAUACAAGUGUAAGCUGUGUUGGAAAGCAUUCGCCCACCGCAACGUCUACAAGAAUCACAAAAAGACUCACUCAGAGGAGAGGCCAUUCCAGUGUGAGGAGUGUAAGGCUCUAUUCCGCACUCCAUUCUCCCUACAGCGCCAUCUCCUCAUCCACAACAGUGAGAGGACAUUCAAGUGUGACCAGUGUGACGCCACGUUUAAGCGCAAGGACACACUGAACGUGCACAUUCAGGUCGUACACGAUGGACACAAAAAAUACAAAUGUGACCUGUGCGAGAAAGCCUUCGUCACUCCCUCUGUGCUCAAGAGUCACAAGAAGACACACACAGGAGAGAAGGAGAAAAUUUGUCCGUACUGUGGUCAGAAAUUUGCUAGCAACGGAACUCUGAGAGUGCACAUCCGCAGCCACACAGGUGAACGCCCUUAUCAGUGCCCUUACUGUGACAAGGCCUUCAGCAAGAAUGAUGGGUUGAAGAUGCACAUCCGUACACACACUCGGGAGAAGCCAUAUAAGUGCAGUGAGUGUAACAAGGCCUUUAGUCAGAAGCGAGGUUUGGAUGAGCACAUGCGCACACACACCGGAGAGAAGCCCUUCCAGUGUGACGUUUGUGACCUGUCAUUCAGUCUGAAGAAGAUGUUGAUCAGACACAAGCUCACCCACAACCCCAACCGGCCAAUGGCAGAGUGCUCACUCUGCCACAAGAAGUUCACCCGCAAUGACUACCUCAAAGUGCACAUGGAAAACGUCCAUGGAGAGACAGAAGGGUAGAGCGCUGUUUACCUGUACCGUGUGUUCCCUGUUUGUUAGGUACACUUACCUUGUAUCUACACCAGCAGAGGGGAACUGAGGGCCGGAGUCCAGCAUAGUCACCUAAUUUCCAUGCUAAGACACCAGCUAAACUUGCCAAUUAAAUCAGAUGUUAUUGAGCAGGACAAUCGCCAAACUGCAGGAAUCCUGCACUCCACUCCUGAUCUACACACAUUGGCCAUUUUAUCAGAAACACACAGAAAACAUGCAUUUUGUAGAUACACAAUUUCAGACUGUAGCCCAUCAGUUGUUGCACAAUUUAUCAGACACUCUCUUCACUAUCCAUUAGUCGAAAGGGACCACCAUCUGACCAGAAAACAGUGGCCCUGUUGUCAACAAUGGACAACUGAUGAAGGGCUAGAGGAUCAUUAACACAAGAUCUGUGUGGAAAAAAAUGAGCUGUAGUCUAUAACUGUACAUCUGCAAGGUGGACCGAUAAGGUAGGUGUGUCUAAGACUGGAAAGUAAGUGGAGUAAGUGUUUAAAACCCCCAGCAACACUUCUGUGCCUGAUGCACUCAUACCAGAACUACUCACUUGCAAUCCACUAUCAUGUCUGUAUUGGUCCAGGAUCCAAAUAAUAUCUGCUCAGUGGUGGUCCUGUGGCAUUCCCUUUUCAUUAAUGGAUGUGGUAGAGGGGGGUGAUAAAUUGUUCAGCAGAAGAUGGGAUACAGUCUGUAAUUACAAAUCUGCACCUGCACCUAUAUACUCAUACUGGCUACUUUAUUAGGUACUAAUGUCUACACUUGUAUCUACACUCAUUACCCAUUUUAUCAGAGUCAGUUACAAGUGCCACUGACUGUAGUCAGUCUGUUUUUCUGCAUGCUUUCUUAGCCCCGUUUUACCUUUAGUGGUCAGGGGUAUUAUUCAUGUGUUGGAUCAUUCUCAGCACUGCAGUGACACUGAUAGUGAACCUUAAAAUAAAAAUGGACAGCAAGUGCAGAUACAAGGUAGGUGUGCUUAGUAAAGUGGUAACUCACUGUAUGCAAUCAUAUUCAAAAGUUUGGACGCCCCUGGUCAGAUUACAUGCUUUGUUGUGUUUCUAAGUGACAAUAACACAUUCUUUACAGAUAAACUUUUUAAUCCAAAAUUAUUUGCUGAAUUUAACAUAUUAGGGAAAGAAGUAAAACAUACAGCGUGAUCUGUGCAAAUGUAAUGACACAUUUAUUGUUUUGUGUUUUAUUUGUCUUCCAGUUUGUUUAACUCGGCAAAUUAAUAGAAACAGGACACAAAAAAUGGCAUAUUUAAGUCUGUUUCCUGUACUGUAGUAAUUACCAAAACACGUAAUUUGACCAGGUGUGUUCAAACCUUUGCAUACUUUGCAUCCAACUAUACAUACAACCACACAUACACAAUCAGGAAUAGGUGAACAAAUUGAGAAUACAUACAUUCCAUGUUAAACCACAGACAUUCACCCAAAGUCACCCUCUCAGUCUGACUGACACACACACUAACACAUACUGCAGUAUUCAGCAAUGCUGCAGUACUGCAGUAAUUCAAUACUGAAUGCUGCUUUUCUCAGUGCAAUCCUAGCCUCAUUAUCUAUCUAUCUAUCUCAACUAUGCAUGACUCUGCUGAAUAGCCAGUAUAUAGAGGGAGCCAUAUCAAAGCACACAGCCUGCAUUUACUGUAUGCAAAGAACAUAAUUGAUAUCACAGUUAAACUGCACAAGCAAGUCUCCAAACAGAAACAUACACACACGGACACGGAUAGUUCUGCGGCAGAGGCGGCUUCCGUUUCCAUUAAACAGAGUGAUGUUUCUCCUAUUGGAUGUAUAUUGAGUAGUGCAGAUGGGAGCGAUGCAAUAAUAAAAAUAUAAUGUUUUAUAAAAUUCACACUUUUCAGCAGGAAUAAAAAUGUUAAAAUUAUUACAAAUAUAUUACAUGUAUGUUAAGUGUAGUCAACAUACUUUUGCCAGUGUUUUUGUUAUACUUAUUGCCAUCAGGAGUUACAUUUGCUAUUAUUUGUGGGACCAAAGAAAGAGCUCAAUGUUGAUUGACUUCCCGUUGUUCGUCAUUUACUGUUACCAUCGUUUUUUGGAAUAUUGAAGUUGAAAUCAAAGUUUGUAAUUCUGUUGACUCUUUUACACAUAUCUAUAUCUUUCUAUAAUUAUGCUUUGUAAGUUCACUGCUUCAGUUUAUUCAAUCUGUAUUGAACUCUGUAAGUAAUAUAUUUACUGUAACGACUGUUACUGUUUUGGCAUAGCAAGUCUGUGAAUGUAUGAAAGUGCUGGAAUGGAAAGGAAGAUUGAAUGAAAAAGAAAGAAAGCGUUUAUGUGAGUGAGAUAAUGUGUAUCUAGUACUUCUUCAGACUGAGUUGUUUCACUGAAGUGUCCUCAUCAGCACUUUAUGAAAAUCCCUGAUUCCCAGGCAGCUGUUUGCUUUUGCUAAUUAUAAACCUUUGAGCCUGGGUAAACUGUUGAUGGCAGGCUAAUCAUAUGUACUUUGAGCGUUGAUUACAAGUGUUCUUUCUACAGUCAUUAACUAAAGCCCGGCUCCAAGCAUGGUAACUGCGGGUUAGAGCCUGAUUAAAGCUUUAGCUUGGCUUGAGCCGCCACUGACUUGUCAAAGACAACACCUAGUAGUCCUGUUGCACUACAUAUAGGCACAGUGCACACACCUUAAAAUUUCACACACUUUAUCAAUCCUGUGAUCUGCACUUCAUGCACAUUCAGCGUUUAAAGGAUGCAAUGAGUCGAUCAGCAAAACUGGGCCUUAAAUUUUAGUACUUGAGCAGAUGUAUCAGGUUUAAAUCCAUACUUUUCUUGAACAUUGAUUUCUAUUUGUGUCCUGUUAUUCAAAGUCCAUAAAGAGUAAAUGGUAAUAAUGAAUUUGCUAAUAAAAUGACAGUGUUUACAUUUUACUCUCCAAAUUGUGCACGUUUA